CAGCCGGCGUCUGGGCGGCGAGGGCCAUGGCCCCGAAGGCGGACGUCAGGAGCAGCAAGAAGGCGGCGGAGGGCCUCGCAUCCGCGUCGAAAGAUUCCACGACGGUGCAGCCGCGACAGCCACAAGAACGUGUAAGAAGAAGAUCGUGGCGCUUCGACGUGAAUGACUCGUAUGAGCAGGCGAUUGGGACAGCUAUGCGCUGCUUCGUCUGA